CCGGCGAGGACCACGCUUUCUCACUCACCCAGGCCGAGGUUUCCCCGCUCCGCGGUUCUCUCUCCGGCCCCUCCCGGCAGCCACUCCGGCGCGCGCAGCUCCACUUCCGGCGUACGAGGCGGUGACAAUGGGAGCAGCGCGGGCGGCGCCGGGAGGCAGCUGACAGGCGUCUGCGGCUUCGCUUCAUGGCCGCUCUCCCGUUCCGCCUGGGCUCUGAGGGGAGUGGGAGGUCCCGUAGCAGCCGGGAGCCGGAGCUGGCGAGCCGAGCGGGAGACUGUGUGCGGCGCCGCUGAGGCGCAGCAUGUGAAGCAGAGACGGCAGCCAGUGCUAGGCGAGCCUCUCAGCCGGCCGGGAUGGCUACGACGGCCGAGCUCUUCGAGGAGCCUUUCGUGGCAGAUGAGUAUAUUGAGCGACUCGUGUGGAGAACCCCAGGAGGAGGCUCUAGAGGGGGACCUGAAGCUUUUGAUCCUAAAAGGUUAUUAGAAGAAUUUGUAAAUCAUAUUCAAGAACUGCAGAUAAUGGAUGAAAGAAUUCAACGGAAAGUAGAGAAACUAGAGCAACAGUGUCAGAAAGAAGCCAAGGAAUUUGCUAAGAAGGUGCAAGAGCUUCAGAAAAGCAAUCAGGUUGCCUUCCAGCACUUUCAAGAACUUGAUGAGCACAUCAGCUAUGUAGCAACUAAAGUCUGUCACCUUGGAGACCAGUUGGAGGGUGUAAAUACACCCAGACAGCGAGCAGUAGAAGCUCAAAAACUGAUGAAAUAUUUUAAUGAAUUUCUAGAUGGAGAAUUGAAAUCAGAUGUUUUUACAAAUUCUGAAAAGAUAAAGGAAGCAGCAGACAUCAUUCAGAAGUUGCACCUAAUUGCCCAGGAGUUACCUUUUGAUAGAUUUUCAGAUGUAAAAUCCAAAAUUGCAAGUAAAUACCAUGAUUUAGAAUGCCAGCUGAUUCAGGAGUUUACUAGUGCUCAAAGAAGAGGUGAAGUCUCCAGAAUGAGAGAAGUGGCAGCAGUUUUACUUCAUUUUAAGGGUUACUCCCAUUGUGUUGAUGUUUAUAUAAAGCAGUGCCAGGAGGGUGCUUACUUGAGAAAUGAUAUUUUUGAAGAUGCUGCAAUACUCUGUCAACGGGUAAACAAGCAAGUUGGAGAUAUCUUUAGUAAUCCAGAAACAGUACUGGCUAAACUUAUUCAAAAUGUAUUUGAAAUCAAACUACAGAGUUUUGUGAAAGACCAGUUAGAGGAAUGUAGGAAGUCUGAUGCAGAGCAGUAUCUCAAAAAUUUCUAUGACCUAUAUACAAGAACCACCAGUCUUUCCAGCAAGUUGAUGGAAUUUAAUUUAGGUACUGAUAAACAGACUUUCUUGUCUAAGCUUAUCAAGUCCAUUUUCAUUUCCUAUUUGGAGAACUAUAUUGAGGUGGAAACUGGAUAUUUGAAAAGCAGAAGUGCUAUGAUUCUUCAGCGCUAUUAUGACUCAAAAAACCAUCAAAAGAGAUCCAUUGGUACAGGAGGUAUUCAAGAUUUGAAAGAGAGAAUUAGACAACGUACCAACUUACCUCUGGGGCCAAGUAUUGAUACUCAUGGGGAAACUUUCCUAUCCCAAGAAGUGGUUGUUAAUCUUUUACAAGAAACCAAACAAGCCUUUGAAAGAUGUCAUAGGCUCUCUGAUCCUUCUGAUUUACCAAGGAAUGCCUUUAGAAUUUUUACCAUUCUCGUGGAAUUUUUAUGCAUUGAGCAUAUUGAUUAUGCUCUGGAAACAGGACUUGCUGGAAUUCCUUCUUCAGAUUCUAGAAAUGCAAAUCUCUAUUUUUUGGAUGUCGUGCAACAGGCCAAUACAAUUUUUCACCUAUUUGACAAGCAGUUUAAUGAUCACCUUAUGCCACUAAUAAGCUCUUCUCCUAAACUAUCAGAAUGUCUUCAGAAGAAAAAAGAAAUAAUUGAGCAAAUGGAAAUGAAAUUGGACACUGGCAUUGAUAGGACAUUAAAUUGUAUGAUUGGACAGAUGAAACAUAUCUUGGCUGCAGAACAAAAGAAAACAGACUUUAAACCAGAAGAUGAAAACAAUGUUUUGAUUCAGUAUACUAAUGCCUGUGUUAAAGUUUGUGCUUACGUAAGAAAACAAGUGGAGAAGAUUAAAAAUUCUAUGGAUGGGAAGAAUGUAGACACAGUUCUGAUGGAACUUGGAGUACGUUUUCAUCGACUUAUUUUUGAGCAUCUUCAACAAUAUUCCUACAGCUGUAUGGGUGGCAUGUUAGCAAUUUGUGAUGUAGCUGAAUAUAGGAAGUGUGCCAAAGACUUCAAGAUUCCACUGGUAUUACAGCUUUUUGAUACACUGCAUGCACUUUGCAAUCUUCUGGUAGUUGCCCCAGAUAAUUUAAAGCAAGUCUGCUCAGGAGAACAACUUGCUAACUUGGACAAGAACAUUCUUCACUCCUUCGUCCAACUUCGUGUUGACUAUAGAUCGGCUCGCCUUGCUCGACAUUUCAGCUGAGGUUGAAUUUACAAGAGAAAUGUGUUGUAUUUCAACAGGCCUUGGUUGAUAGAAAGCACAGGAGAUUUUUUAUGACACAGCCAACAUUUUGUGGAGAAAUGACUGUUUGGAAAAACAGCAGCCAUACUUAGAUUCGUAAUUUUAUUUGAAAUUUGGAUGCUACUAGCCAUAUUUUGCCUUUUCUCUUUUAAGUAGAAUUUUAAUUUCAGUUUAAACUUAAAACUUUCAAAUUCUGUGAAGUUACAGUUUAAUAUUUUUAUCCUGAAAAACAUUGAUGUCAGAAAGCAAAUGAGUUGUUACCAGUGUUCCAGUUCUUAUUCUUCAUUGAGAAAUUUCACCAUCCUGCUUUAUCCAUCAAUAGUGGGUAAAAUACAACAAAACUGUAUUUGUUAUAUAUCAAGUUAUUUUAGGUUUUCCUGGAAACCAUUUUGUCUUUUUCAGAAGGUUAACAAUUCAGCAAAAUCUGUGUAGUUAGUUGAUUGCUUUAUUUUUUUUUUGAGGUAUAAUAAAAGGUAAUACUAUUCCAAGAUUCAUUCUAUAAUUAGAAUGAUGAAAUGUUGUAUAUAGGUGUUUGAUGUGGAUGAUAAUAGAUCUGCUUUCUGGGUAAAAAACAAAACAACAAGAUUUAACGUUUACUGGUUUUUUAUUUGGUAAACCGAUUUUAAGCCAACACUAGCAAAAAGUUAAUGCAACUACCUUAUUUUAUAUUUCAUAUUUCACUUAAGGUAGAGGACCUUAAUUAAAGGACAAUAUUUAUUCAUUAUUUUAAUAUUACAAGGGAAGUGGAAAGUGAGGUAUAGUCAAAAUGGUGCAUAUGAGAAAUAAUUGACAGUGUUUAGCAACAGUGCAGCUCUUUAAGAUUUAUAUCAUAAUGCUGAACUUGAAUAAGAUGAGUUGGCUAAACAUGCAAAUAGUCUUCUAUUUUAAGAGGAGUUAGAAAUCGAUAGUUGAUAGUAUGUAUUCUAAGACCAGGAUGAACUUUGCAAAGAUGAACUUUGUAAUUUUUAAAUUUCAAAGUUCUCAAGUUUAUAGUUUCUCUCGUUAUCUUUUUCAAGACAUUUCUGAGUGAUUCUGACUGGAUGUAGUUAAUUAAAUUGGCAUGAUAUAGUGAUAUAAUAAAUCACUUAUAAAAUUUAAACAUCAAGUGGAACUUUAGACCUUUGCUCUCUAACUUUGCCAUGCCAAUUUGAAUUCUUAGCAUAUUUUAUCUUCUAGUAUGUUGUUUAUAAUCUUCUAGGGAUAGAUAAACAUUAAUUUUCAACCCACUCUUGGCAUUUUUCAUAUGUCUUUUCAACUUAAUUUCAGAAAACCACUUCUCUUUUAGGAAUAUGUUUCUGAUUGGUCAUCAACUUUACUGAAACUUCCAAUUAUAGAUAGCUAGUCUUUAAGUUACUUCUAAUUGAAUUUCUUUAUUUUCUAUUUAGCCCAGUAUUAUCAAGGUGAGCAAGAGAAAUGAAGCAUGCCAACUUUUAUGAAAGCAUUUUUGGAGAUUGUGGCAUCUUUAGAAGUCUGUUUAAUUUUUAUUCCUUAGUCAAGGGAGAGCCAGAACAAGUCUUGGAUACUGUAGAAAGUCAUAUGCUUGUACUUUUGCCACUUUAGAAAUCUCUGAUGUAAAUUCAAAUUAUACCUCUGUUACUUAAAGCCAACAAUUUCAAGGCAGACCAUUUGAACUCUUUGUAUACAGUGUCAAUUUGUUUAAAAAAAAAAAAAAGAAAAGAAAAAAGGGGAAAUCUCAAAUAAAACAUGAAAACAUUUUAAAAAAUUUCGAAUCAGAGAAUGCUUCAAAUUAUUUUGUUUGGAUUAAUUUUUAAAAUGUAAGACUUGUUGCUUAGAUAUUUUAUUAUUAUUUCCAUACCUGAGUUUUGAGCAAUAUUUUUUUGGUGACAGGGCAGUGACAAAGUCACUUAAUUUAGAAGUGCUAACAUUAAUGCUCAAUAAACAGAUUUCCUACAA